GCGAGGCGCGAGCAGGGCGCGUCGGCGCCUCGGCCAGGAUGGGGGUCCCCGGAACCCGGAGCUGAGCGACCGAGCGCCCGGCGAGCAGGGCGCGCGGAGGAGGCGAGCCUGGCUGUUCCUCCAGGAGCGCAACACCGUUCCGCGCGGCCACCAUGAUCCCUCCGAGCGGCGCCCGCGAGGACGGCGUGGACGGGCUGCCCAAGGAGGCGACGCGCACCGAGCAGCCGCCCUCUCCUGCAUCCACCAGCAGCCAGGAAUCCAAGCUCCAGAAACUAAAACGAUCACUUUCUUUCAAGACCAAGAGUUUACGGAGCAAAAGUGCCGACAACUUCUUCCAGAGAACCAACAGUGACGACGCGAAGUUGCAGGCAGAUGUGCUGGCUGAGGUCAGCCCCAGCUCCAGCCCGCUCCCCGCUCCUGGAAGCCUGACAUCCACGCUCACCAGGGCUGGUCUGCACCCAGGCAGCGGCAAGGCCCAUGCCUUUCAGGAACACAUCUUCAAGAAGCCCACUUUCUGCGACGUCUGCAACCACAUGAUUGUGGGAACCAACGCUAAGCAUGGACUGCGCUGCAAGGCCUGUAAGAUGAGCAUCCACCACAAGUGCACGGAUGGCCUAGCACCCCAGCGGUGUAUGGGCAAGCUGCCAAAGGGAUUUCGGCGUUACUACAGCUCUCCCUUGCUCAUUCAUGAACAGUUUGGAUGCAUUAAAGAAGUUAUGCCCAUUGCCUGUGGCAAUAAGGUGGACCCUGUCUACGAGACCCUCCGUUUCGGCACCUCCCUGGCCCAGAGGACGAAGAAGGGCAGCUCCGGCAGUGGCUCUGAUUCUCCUCACAGAACCUCUACGUCAGAUCUCGUGGAAGUUCCUGAAGAAGCUGACGGACCAGGAGGCGGGUACGACCUAAGAAAACGCAGCAACAGCGUGUUUACGUAUCCUGAAAAUGGCACUGACGAUUUCAGAGACCAAGCAAAGGACAUAAACCACCAGGGACCUCUUUCCAAAGACACAUUACAGAUGAACACCUACGUUGCCUUGUACAAAUUCGUACCACAGGAGAACGAAGAUUUGGAAAUGAGACCAGGAGACAUGAUUACUCUUCUAGAGGAUUCCAAUGAAGACUGGUGGAAAGGGAAAAUUCAAGACAGGAUUGGCUUCUUUCCAGCCAACUUUGUUCAGAGAGUACAACAAGAUGAGAAGAUUUUUAGAUGUGUUAGAACCUUCAUUGGGUGUAAGGAACAGGGACAGAUAACACUGAAAGAGAACCAGAUCUGUGUGACUUCUGAAGAAGAACAAGAUGGCUUUAUCAGAGUUCUCAGUGGAAAGAAGAGAGGCCUCGUCCCCCUCGAUGCCCUAGAGAAUAUCUGA